CACCGGCCCUGCGGGCAGCAUCCCCCUCCGCCUGCAGCACAGAGGGAGGGCGAGCCACAACCCACCCCAGUGUUAACUCUGAAGCCUAAGGAUGGCUGGUGACCAGCGGCAUUGCUGAUUCUCUUCCACCAAAGCCUCCGGCGAUUUAUUCCAGCUCAUCCCCCCCUCCACAGCCGCUGGCUCAGCUCCACCACCUCCCUCUUCGCCGAGUCCUCGGCAGCGCUCCCGGCCGGGCCGCGGCGAGCAGCCCCUGCCAGGCUGCCCCGCCAGCGCAGCAAGGGGGUCCUGCGCCGCCAGCUGACACCCCCGCAGUGCCCCCUCCCUCCCCACACGGGCCCAGCCCUGCACCCCGGGCACCUCCGGGGACAGGAUGGGGCAGGAGGUGUUUCCAGAUGUUUCGGACCGGUGCACAUCUGCAUGGAAAGUUCCAGGCGGGGGAGGAGGGGCGAGGCAGCAGCAGCAGGCAACGGUUGCCUGGCAACGGGGACCACGUCUCCGUGGCGAUGUGGCACCUGUCGGCUGGGCUGAUGCCACGGCUGCCAUGGCGACACGGAGGGAUGCUCCGGCAAGACCCCCCGAGACCCCCCUCAGCAGCUCUCCCCGAGCUCCCUGGGGCCACCCGGGGCUGGGGACGGCCCCUGGGGGAGACACAGGCACCAGGAGGGGGGUCAGGGGCUGCCCCCGCCCCCCCAUACACUCACUGAGCGGCCGCUGGCCCUCGCUAUGCCCGACUACAAGCGUGCCACCCUGCAGGAGGACGAGGGGCCGGAGCCGGCGGGGGACGGCAGCGCCUCUCCCGACAGCGUGGAGGUGGGGUUUCGGAAGGGCCCGGGGCCGCUGCUGGCCCGCCUGGCCUCCCGCAGCCAGCUGGAGCUGCUGCUCUGCGCCGUCGCCAUCGCCCUGGCCCUGCUGCUCGCCGUCGCCAUCGUCGCUCUGGCCAUCCAGUACCGCAGAGACCCCUCUCACAGCACGUGCCUGACGGAGGCCUGCGUGCGGGUGGCCAGCAAGAUCCUGGAGGCGCUGGACGCGGAGACGGACCCCUGCCAGGACUUCUACCAGUACUCCUGCGGGGGCUGGAUCAAGAGGAACCCCCUGCCCAAUGGGCGCUCCAAGUGGAGCACCUUCAACAGCAUCUGGGACCAGAACCAGGCCAUCAUGAAGCAUCUCCUCGAGAACGCCAGCUUCAACUCCAGCAGCGAGGCAGAGCGGAAGACGCAGCGGUACUACCUGUCCUGCCUCAAGGAGCAGCGCAUCGAGGAGCUGGGCUCCCAGCCCCUCAUGGAGCUCAUUGACAAGAUCGGGGGGUGGAACAUCACCGGCUCCUGGAACCAGACGGGCUUCAUGGAGGUCCUCAAGAUGGUGUCAGGCACGUACCGGGCGACCCCCUUCUUCACGGUGUACGUGGGUGCGGAUUCCAAGAGCUCCAACAGCAACGUCAUCCAGGUGGACCAGUCGGGGCUUUUCCUCCCGUCCCGGGACUACUACCUGAACAAGACGGCCAACGAGAGGGUGCUGGCAGCGUACCUGGACUACAUGGUGGAGCUGGGGACACUGCUGGGGGGGGCCCCGGAGCCCACCCGCCUCCAGAUGCAGCAAGUGCUGGACUUUGAAACCCAAUUGGCCAACAUCACCGUGCCCCAGGCCGAGCGGCGGGACGACGAGAAGAUCUACCACAAGAUGAGCAUCGCUGAGCUGCAGGCACUGGCCCCCGCCGUGGACUGGCUGGAUUAUCUGUCCUACGCCCUGGCCCCGCUGGAGCUGGCUGACAGCGAGCCCGUGGUGGUGUACGGGGACACCUACCUCCAGCAGGUCUCCGACCUCAUCAACGGCACCGACAGGAGCAUCCUGAACAACUACCUGAUCUGGAACCUGGUGCAGAAGACGGCCUCCAGCCUGGACCAGCGCUUCGAGACGGCCCAGGAGAGGCUGCUGGAGACCCUCUAUGGCACCAGGAAGUCCUGCACGCCCCGCUGGCAAACCUGCAUCUCCAACACGGACGACACACUGGGCUUUGCCCUGGGCUCCCUCUUUGUCAAAGCCACCUUCGACCGGGACAGCAAGGCCAUCGCCGAGGAGAUGAUCGGUGAGAUCCGGGCGGCCUUCGAGGUGUCCCUGGACCAGCUGGACUGGAUGGACGAGAAGACCCGGCAGGCUGCAAAGGAGAAGGCGGACGCCAUCUACGACAUGAUCGGCUUCCCCGACUUCAUCCUGGACAACAAGGAGCUGGACGAUGUCUACGAUGGGUACGAGGUCUCAGAGGACUCCUUCUUCCAGAACAUGCUCAACUUCUACAACUUCUCCGCCAAAGUGAUGGCUGACCAGCUCCGGAAACCCCCCAACCGCGACCAGUGGAGCAUGACCCCGCAGACCGUCAACGCCUACUACCUGCCCACCAAGAACGGCAUCGUCUUCCCCGCUGGCAUCCUGCAGGCUCCCUUCUACGCCCGCAGCCACCCCAAAGCCCUCAAUUUCGGCGGCAUCGGCGUGGUGAUGGGGCACGAGCUGACCCACGCCUUCGAUGACCAAGGGCGGGAGUACGACAAGGAGGGCAACCUGCGGCCAUGGUGGCAGAACUCCUCGCUGGAGGCCUUCAAGAACCGGACGGCCUGCAUGACCGAGCAGUACGGCCGCUACACCGUCCACCACGAGAAGGUCAACGGCCGGCAGACGCUGGGCGAGAACAUCGCCGACAACGGCGGCCUCAAGGCAGCCUACAACGCGUACAAGUCCUGGCUGCAGAAGAACGGGGAGGAGAAGCGCCUGCCAGCUCUGGGGCUCACCAACCACCAGCUCUUCUUCGUGGGUUUCGCACAGGUCUGGUGCUCCGUCCGGACCCCCGAGAGCUCCCACGAAGGGCUGGUGACUGACCCCCACAGCCCUGACAAGUUCCGUGUCAUCGGCACCCUCAGCAACUCCCGGGACUUUGUCGAACAUUUCGGCUGCCCCCUGGGCUCCCCCAUGAACCCCGGAAAGCACUGUGAGGUGUGGUAGGGAUGGGGAGGGUGCUGGGGACAGACGGGACGACGUCUGACUGUGCCCCCCGCCCCCCUCCCCAGCCCUUGCCAGCUACUGGCACUGGCCCACUGGCAGAGAGUGGGGCCACCCCCUGG